AUGCAUCUCUUUCUGUCUGCAAAUGGGUUGCCUCUUGCCCGACAAGAUCGGAACUCCCCAGCAGCAUUCUGUCAUCUGUGUGUGUGUGUGGAAGUGUUGUGGACGGUAGCUGCGAGUCUGCGGCUCGCCCGUUCGCGUGGGUGUGGGUGUGUGGGUGUGUGGGUGUGUGGGUGUGUGGGCGUGUGGGCGUGUGGGCGUGUGGGCGUGUGGGCGUGUGGGCGUGUGGGCGUGUGGGCGUGUGGGCGUGUGGGCGUGUGGGCGUGUGGGCGUGUGGGCGUGUGGGCGUGUGGGCGUGUGGGCGUGUGGGCGUGUGGGCGUGUGGGCGUGUGGGCGUGUGGGUGUGUGUGUGUGUGCGCGCGGUUCUCAGCGUUUCAGUCAAUCUCAGAGCUCGGAGCUGUGGGGAGCAGUCUAAGGAGAGCCGCAACUGGCGUUCUGGCCUUCGUAGUGUGGCCCUCAGGAUUGCAGAGGCCGGGAGUUGCCCCCAUCGAAUACUCGGAGGGGGCACGCGUGGAACUCAAGGUCAACAAGCUGACGUCUGUCAAAACUCAGCUACCGUAUGGCUAUUACACGCUGCCAUUCUGCAAGCCGGAGAGUGGGAUUGUAGAGAGCGUGGAAAACCUGGGCGAGAUCUUGGCUGGAGAUCUCAUUGAAAACUCGGCCUUUGAUUUACGAAUGGGCGAGGAUGAGAAGUGCAAAAUGCUGUGCAAAAGACCACUAGAAGCUGCUGACAAAGAGAAGUUUCGAUCACGGAUCGACGAUGAGUACCUAGUAAACUUCAUUGUUGACAAUCUCCCAGCUGCCACAAAGUAUGUUCGCAAAAGUGACGGUGGUGAGUUCACGUACAUGAACGGUUUCCCGAUCGGCGUGCAGAAAGAUGGCAAGUACUACCUCUACAACCACUUGAAGCUGGACUUGAAGUACCACUCAAGCGAUCAGUAUGAGGGCCACCGGAUUGUGGGCUUCGAGAUUGAGCCGAGGAGCAUCGUUCAGGCGACGCAGGCCGAUCCCAGCAAGCCCGGGGGCUUGAAGGCCGUUUGCCAGGAGGGAGCCGAUGCUCAGCUCAUGGAGCUCGACACAUUCAACGAAGUCAUCUUCUCGUAUGACGUAGCUUGGGAGUACAGCGAAGUUCGGUGGGUCUCAAGAUGGGACAACUACUUGAAGAUGACCGGGGGUCAGAUCCACUGGUUUUCAAUCCUGAACUCCCUCAUGAUCAUGCUCUUCCUUUCGGGCAUGGUCGCCAUGAUUCUGCUUCGAACUCUUUAUCGAGACAUUACCAAGUACAACGAGCUCGCCACUGCCGAGGAAGCGGCUGAGGAGACUGGCUGGAAGCUCGUCCAUGGCGAUGUCUUCCGCAAGCCGCGAUUCGGCAAGCUGUUGGCAGUGUCGGUAGGCUCCGGAGUGCAGAUCUUGGGCAUGUCCGUCGUGACACUCAUCUUCGCGCUCCUAGGGUUUCUUUCGCCAGCUCAUAGGGGCGGCCUGCUUCAAUCGAUGAUGAUGCUCUUCACCUUCAUGGGCGUGUUUGGUGGUUAUGCCUCAGCACGACUCUACAAGGUGUUCAAUGGGGAGGAUUGGAAGACCAAUACGCUGAUGACUGCCAUGCUUUACCCUGGGGUCAUUUUCCUGGUCUUCUUCGUGCUCAACCUUUUCAUCUGGGGGCAGAAGUCGUCCGGGGCAGUUCCCUUCACGACAAUGUUUGCGAUUCUCGUCCUCUGGUUCGGCAUCUCAGUGCCACUAGUCUUCUUGGGUUCCUAUUUUGGAUUCCGGCGCGAGGCUAUCGCGCUGCCGGUGCGCACGAAUCACGUGCCAAGGCAGAUCCCGGCACAGGCCUGGUUCAUGCAGCCGCUCUUCACGUGCGCGAUCGGCGGCAUCCUGCCCUUCGGAGCCGUUUUCACGGAGCUUUUCUUCAUCAUGUCGUCUCUGUGGCAGCAUCAGUUCUACUACCUCUUUGGUUUCCUGGCGCUGGUGCUUGUCAUUCUGCUGAUCACGUGCGCGGAGAUCUCGAUCGCGCUGACGUACUUUCAGCUAACGGCCGAGAACUACAACUGGUGGUGGAGGUCCUUCUUGGCCAGCGGAUCGUCUGCUGUCUACGUUUUCCUCUACUCGAUGAUGUACUUCAGCAGCCGGCUGCAGAUCGACAAAGUGGUGUCUACGUUCCUGUACUUUGGGUACAUGGCCAUCAUGUCGCUGCUUUUCGGGCUGCUGACUGGUUCUAUUGGCCUGAUCUCGUCCUUCUUCUUCGUGAGGACCAUCUACGGGUCGAUCAAGGUGGACUGA